AUAGAUUCCCCGUUGUCUACUAGCUGGCACUGUCAUCCACGUGCUUUUCAUGGCCGACGUCUUUCGGAGGCUGCCCCUGCUGCUGCUGGUCGUCUUAUUGCUCCUCCUCGUGGUUGUCUUCCACAUGUGCAUCCUCGGCGGCCUUCCGCGACGUGGCCGCAGAAGGAGGUGUGUGAAGAGCAACGACAGAAUGGAGGGCCGGAAGGCGAUCAGUGGGUCCGCAGGGGAGCGCGGUGGGCGGUGGUCCGGGCACAGCCCGUCAAAUAGUCGAAGGCCGUCGGAGCGGACCGGGCACGCGCACCUGCCACUGCACUUGCAACCUCUGCCUGACACGGACGACGAGGAAGGGGACGAUAGACGGUCAGGGACCAUGCCACCGGGAAGCGGAUCCACCCAGGAGUGGGCGACUACAGAGCUGUUUGGAAGCCGCGACGGCGGUAAAGGGCAGUCGUACACCGAGCUCCUUCAGCAGGGGCUCAGCGACACCGAUGGCGAUGGCGGCGUGAAUCUGUCGUUUGGACUCGGCAGGGGGAGGUCGGCAGCCGUCUCUCGAACGGUCGUCGUAAACCCCCAUCCCGACGACGAAGGCGACGACGUGACGGCUGUUCAGCGAUCACCCAGGUCUCCAGCGCCGCUGCGGGAGGCUUCGGGGAACAACAAGGAUCCUCCUAGGCAGCAAUUUCGGUCGUCGUCUGUGUGUGGGGGUGCCUCCGCUCGCCCCCAGUGGAUGCAGUCUCCGUCUCCCCUGUCCGCCAGUUCGAGUGCAGGUCGUCCUCUUGGCGAGUGUAGGGAAACGGCGCCUGGCGUUACUGAUGUUGGUGACGCACGUGACGGAAGGGAGGUGUGGGCAGAACAGCGACAGUUGAUGAGGUCGGUGCGGGAGGAGUCCAUAACUCAUGGGGUGCAGCGAUUGCGUGUUGGGGAAGACGGGCACGACGGCGAGGAAGCAGUGGGGGACGCGCACGACCCCGACUGGAACGACAACGGAGCUGAAGGUGGGGAGGACGACGCAGGCUACAUUUCGCCGUCGAAGCAGGCGGCCGCUAUGGGGGGGAGGGGGGGGAAGACGAAGUCGUGUACUGGUAAUGGUCGUCGGGGCAAAAGGACGGCAGGCAGGGGCAGCGAUGCCGAUGGUGAAGAAGGUCGUCACUUCUGGUCAGUCGACGACAUUAUAGCCCUCAUCCGGGCUAAGCGUGAUCAGGAUGCGCAUUUGCAGGGGAUGGGCCACGCGUACGCUCGGAUGAAGCCGCGAGAAUGGAAGUGGCUGGAUGUGGCGACGAGGUUGAAGAAGGUGGGCGUCGACAGAGAGGCCGAUCGGUGCGGAAAGAAGUGGGACGAUCUGAUGCAGCAGUUCAAGAAGGUUCAUCAUUUCCAAGAAUUGUCCGGGAAACAUGACUUCUUCCAAUUGUCUGGGAAGGACAGGAUGUCGAAGGGCUUCAACUUCAAUAUGGAUCGUGCGGUUUACGAUGAGAUACUGGGGUCGACCGCGAAGAACCACACCAUAAACUCGAAGAACGUCGCGGACACUGGCGCUCAGGGUGGUGUGCGUCUGCCAUCCGCCUCCUCUGCGGAUCCUGAAUCUGUGGGCGACGGGGACGGUGGUGCAGUGCAUGACGACGACGACGACGGGUCCACGAAAGGUUCUUCGCAGACGACGGGUGGCGCAGGCGGUUUCGGCAAGAGGAAGAGCACGAGGCAGCAAACUUUUGAGGCAAUGACGGAGUGCAUGGAGAAGCACGGGCCGUUAAUGGCGUCAAUGAUGGAGAGCAACAGCAAACAUCAUUGCUCCAUCGCCAUACGGCAGUGCGAGGCGCUGGAAGUGGAGAUCGAAGUGCAGAAAAAACACUACGCAGGGUCAGACGAAGUCAGCAAGCUUAUGUGUCACGCCUUGCUGGAGAUAGCGAAGGCCAUCGACAAACGUUAGACUUAGUGUUGCCUCUGUUGUGCUCUCUGUUCGCUUGCAUGGAAUUUCACGGACCGAAAGUGAUAGUCUUUCCGUUGUCGAUGUAGCUUAGCUUAGCCAUCGCCGUCGUGGUCGACGUGCCAUUCCCCCAAUGGCGGUGCUGGGCAAGGAAUUGGGCACUGGUCCGAUUCGGUGGAUGAGUCCUUCAGUGAAAUUUAUUUUCUUUUGUAAAAAUUGUUUUAUUUUUUACAUUGUUCGGCUCGUUUGUUGUUGGAGUCGAUCGUGUGAUGGGACGGAUGAUACCGUCACCUCUGAAUUGUAAUUGGCAUCGAUGAAGUGCAGUAUGCACUUUCCUUUUUUAAAUGACGACAUCGAUUUCGUUAUCUCUCUCUCUCUCUCGUUUCUUUUUGUCUUUGUCGUAAAUGAAAUGCAGAGGUGUAA